AAGGGCAGGAAGCAGUGUUACUUUGCUUCCGGACGAGGCCGGAAGUUGUGCUAGGCCGCUCCGGAUCCCUCUGAGCCCGGCGUGAUGAAGGCCAUCAUCCAACGUGUCACUCGAGCCAGUGUGUCAGUUGGUGGGGAACAAAUAAGUUCCAUUGGACAUGGCAUUUGUGUGCUGCUUGGUAUCUCUGUAGAAGACACGCAGAAAGAGGUUGAGCACAUGGUUCGAAAGAUAUUAAAUCUUCGUGUGUUUGAAGAUGAAAGUGGGAAACACUGGUCUAAAAGUGUAAUGGAUAAGCAGUAUGAAGUGCUAUGUGUUAGCCAGUUUACUCUUCAAUGUAUCCUGAAAGGAAAUAAACCAGAUUAUCAUAUGGCAAUGCCUUCUGACCAAGCAGAAACUUUCUACAACAGUUUCUUAGAGCACCUUCGCAAAGCAUACAAGCCAGAAUUAAUUAAAGAUGGCAAAUUUGGCGAAUACAUGCAGGUACAUAUUCAGAAUGAUGGACCUGUGACCAUUGAACUGGAGUCUCCUACAGCCCCUGUUGACUCUAAACAAUUAGCAAAACUUGAGAAACAACAACAGAGGAAAGAGAAAACCAGAAUGAAGGUCCCUUCUGAAUCAAGUAGAGAACGAAAUCUUCCUAAAAAUAAAAAUGAUCCAAGUGCAAGCAGUGGGGCUGAAGGAGAUGUUUCUUCUGAAAGAGAACCCUAACUUCUCAAAGCACCUUCAGGAAAGCUCAAAAACACUACUGGUGACCUUCUGUGCUCAUUAGCUGAGGAUGCUAAAUUUCCAGAUGAAAAAUUAUUUGAUGCAGAAGGAGAAUUUGACAGAAGUAAGGAUCUCCAUCAUGCUGUAUUACAAACAACCAAAGGAAUUUUAUUAAUGUCCACCGUUAAUAGGUUUUAAAGCAAGUUUCUAUUUGGGUCAUUUCUUAUUUGCAGUAUUUUCAUUGCAUAAAUUAUAUAACUAUCCCUUCCAUAUAGUUAGGUUUAUAUAACUGUGAAAUGCCCACAUUAUUUUAACAAUGCAUAUGGUUCUUGGCAUAAAUGCUCUCAUCAUGACAACAGUUCCUCCCCCCCUCUGCUCUUCCAGUGGGCAUCAUCAAUCUAUCAACAGCUAGAGAGAAUGGCUGGAGGAGCAGAAUAGAAAUGCCUCCUGCAUUUUGGAAGCUCAGUACAACUGCAGGUGUUCUUCAUCUUCUACGCCCCCACCCCAAACAAUCUCAAUCCUCAAAGGAAUCCCCAGGCUGUUUUGUAUUUACCAAGCUGAUGAAGAGACAGAGGAUAGUCCAUCAUUUGUAUUUUGAGCUGCUUAGAAUGUCUCUUAAAGUUCAACUCAAUACUUGAAAUUAAACAUCCCUCCCUCAGUAAAGGAUGGGUUAAAUCCUGAUAGAAUCCUUUUCCAGCUGAAAUGUGUGGAUGUCUUUCAUACUGUAAACAUUGCUAGUGUAGUGGGACAACUCUAUCAGAGUUGUUGUUUUAGAAAUCAGUCCUGUGUGUGGAUAUCUACAGAGGUCUUUUUGACAUUUUUCUGUGCUUCCUUUCCAUACUGCCAGACAAUAUGAGGAGGCCCAUACUGUGUGGGAGAGAGUCUCCUGCAUCUUCUACUUUCCAGACCCUGAAGUGAGGGAUAGUCACAGCAAUAGCUCCUUCUCUGUGCACAAGACUGUUUAUGCUUUCUUGGCUGUACCUGAAGAAGCUGUGCUGCAUUAGCCCUCAUCUCAUCAGUGGUAACAUGGAGACUUCCAUUACUGAUGAGGAAAGUUUGUUAUGCAAGUUGUAGCAGCAUAAAUACACUGCUCAAAAAAAUAAAGGGAACACAACAGAAGACAUCCGAGAUCUGAAUGAAUGAAAUAGCCUUAUUAAAUACUUCGUUUGUUACAUACAGUAAUUUUGUGUUCCCUUUAGUUGUUUGAGCAGUGUAUAAACUACUGUAUGUAAAGAACAAAGUAUUUAAUAAGGCUAUUUCAUUCAUUCAGAUCUCGGAUGUCUUCUGCUUUGUGUUCCCUUUAUUUUUUUGAGCAGUAUAUAACAAAUCUUACGAUCCAUUUCAUUAAAAUACAUUUUCUCUUACUUUUUUUCCCUUGUAAGAGCAUGCUUCUACUUUUGGUCCAUCUAAUGCAUGGGUGUCAAACUCGCCACGUCACGUUGCUGUCACGUGAUGUUUUUCCCCUUCGUGGAGCUAGGGUGAGUGUGGCAUCUGGCUCACGGGCCACCAGUUUGACACCCCUGAUCUAAUGUCUCUUUUCAGAAUGAAGUGUAAAAUGCAUUGUUUGUGUGUUAAUGUCUGGCUGUACAAUCUGUGGAAAAAACUGAAUUCAAGUUAGAUUAAUUUACCAAUUAUUUAAUCUGUAAACUGUGUGUGUUUAUAUGUGUUGGUUAAAUUUUUUCAAAGGGAAGAACUUUAUUAAUAAAGUACAGCACCUGAACAACUUU